AUUUGUGAGGAGGUGCCAAGAUGGCGGCCCUGUGGGGCGGCGGUGCGGGACAUGCUGGGGCUGGGGGAACCCUCCCCAUGCGAGCUGCCUCGGAGCCUUUGGUGGGCAAUAGCUUUUCUUCUACGCAGUGUUUACUGGCAGAGGAUUUGCACUUGGCAUCUUUGGAAGCAGAAACCAUCCUUGAAGCUGGGGAAUUCCUGGAAACAAUGCAGGACUACUUAGACUCUUCUGUCAUUUCCAUCAUUGAAGAUUUCAGCAGUUUGACUGAGGUAAAAAGCCACAUGGAUGCAGAGAAUGAACUUUCCCUGUUGACGGCAAUAACAGAUAUUCUUGAUAGCACGGAUGAUGAGACUCUGUCUCCCUUUGACCCUAUUCCUGAAUCUGAAUUGCUAACAUCACCCAGAGAAAUUGAGAAUUCUUCGUUUCAGAGAUUUCUUAGUUUUUCUCUGACACCCGAUGAACAAGACUUACACAAUAUUGAGGAUUUCCAGGAGCCUGGACUGUGCACCAUUAUGUCAAAGAAGGUUGAAGCCAGUACUACCGGCAUUCCCUUCUCAUUAUCUUCAAGUUAUCCCAAACUUUCAGUUUUUUCAAACAAUGUGAGUAACAAAGCAUUCUGGGAGGAACAGAAGCUCUUCAAGAAUAGAGAACAAGAAUCACCUGUGCUACAGAGCAGUGAUGGAGAGGAAGAAGAGGUCACACAAGGAUGCAGGGAAAGUUUUACGGCAGUUGUGAAGGAGAUGGAACCUGAGAGAGACCUUGAUGAAUGUGAUGAUCCCUAUAUCAUUGCCGCAGAAAAUAUUUCCCUUGAUGAAUUAGUGAGAUCAAUGCACUCUUACUGCCAGCCCACCCUCACUGUAUGCCUGACUUCUGAUAAUCAGUCCCUUGCUGAGAAGAAUCUCACAGGCCCACUUGUCUUAGAAAUAAUGCCUGAUGGUGGAGAGAUCAUGAUGGGAAAAGAAUUGCCUGAGCUUGACUCAUACAAACAAGAUGGGAAGGUAGUUAAUGCUAUCCUUCCAAACAUAAAAGAUGGUCAUCUACAGAUAGAGGACACUCAGAAAUCAACAGAUAAUGAAAACAAUACACCUGUGCCUGCCUCAGUGGCUCCAAAAAAUGCCUCAAAGAAGGGUCAGGUAUCUACAAAUAUUAAAAAGAAGAAGAGAAAGAAAUCCAGAGAGGAAACAAAGUAUCACAAGACCAUAAACUGCCAACAAGUGUCUGCCUGUCCUCAAAUGCAGACCAGGAUUGAUGCAAAGAAGUCUAUGACAGACUCUAGUUUUCAAAAAAAAGAACUAGAGAAAACUGGAAGGAAAAAAUUGCUCCUAAAUCAAGUAUCUCAGACAAAGGAAAUGCUUGAAACUCAAGUAGAAUGGUCAAAAUGUGUGAGGGAGGAAGGAUCCAAAAAUCCACUUCUGUCAAGCUUAGUAAGUGCAAGGAAUGUGCCAUAUGCAGAGGAGCCCACACAAAAUCUAGGGAAUGCAGACCUUGUGCCUAUAGUCCAGAGGGAUGUCCCAGGAGAACCCCAUGAAAAAAGCCAGUUCCUCCUACCAAUGAUUGAAAUGUCUAGCUCAGAAACUUCCCAAAUGCUCCCUGGUUGCACGACGGAUCUUACAGGACAGCCGACCAAGGAUACACCUUACUUUGAAAAUCAGGAACUCAUCUGCCCUCCAAGGGAAACUAAACCUCGGCCUCUCAGUUUGAGUGAAUACAGGCAGCGCCGGCAGCAGCGCCCGUCUAAUAAUGACAGUAUCCAGAACACCAGAGAGAACCAGAGUGCCAGCAAGUGGCCCAGCGUUCCCAAUUUCCCUACAGAGUUGGCUGACCUUCCUUGCCUGAGAGCUCUGCCACCCACCAAAGCUGCAGCACCUAAACUUGCAAAGGAACCUGAAAAACCUGCCGCCUCCCCCACUACUCUUGCCCCUGAUGACAAAGCAAGUGCCAUGACCCUUUCCAUGCUCUCUUCCGCUACAACUCUGAAACAAAGAGAUCCUCCAUCUUCGCAGAAUGUCUGCGGAGGUUCUCAGUCUCCAUCUUCGCGGCUUCCUUCACCUACACCUAUUGCUGUAGUGCCUGCUAGUAAAGUAUGUGCUUUUUCUCACAUUGGGCCACAAGUGCCUCCAGCAUUGUCCGUACCUCAUGUGCCACCAGCCCGAGAUACUUUCCUACCAGCUCCUCCUAACCACUACAAUUUGGGCUCAUCCCAACCAGCAGGAUCUUCAUGGUCUCACUUUGCUCUUCUACCAGCUAAUUACCAAAGUUUGCCACCACCACCACCUCUUACUGAAGCUUGUUCUCCUGUCUUCCAUACAGUCCCCCCCUUACUCCCUCCAACGUGGCCUCCCCCACCUGUUCCUUUGCCUUUUGUUCCAGCCCUGCCUUAUGGCUCUGUUGAGUGGGCUCCACUGCCACAGUCUUCCUACUGGUCUGGAAUACCAGUGCCACCUCCAGUGUUGCCUAUCCCAUAUGGAGAUCAAGGAAGUCUGAGGCAAAGUCCUCAGGUUGGCACUUUACCUGCUUCAUCUCUUUCUGAUGGAUUUCCUGGCCAGCAAAGUACAGCUUUAGCACCAGAGUCCUCCUGUAUUGGAUUUAAAAACAUGGUCAGUGAAAGUCAAAGCCUGCCUGUCCAGAUAUGCCAAGUAGAAGCUCCUUCAGCAAUCAGGGCAGCUCCCAGAAAAAUAUCUGAUCCAAGAAGACAAACACAGCUCUCUACAGUUCAGUCUCAAACUGAAGUAACUUCAAGCAGUUCUCAGUCAUUGGAGAAACUGCCUUUGUCACCAUCAGUUGAUAAGCCUUCAAAAGAAACAGCAUCGACUCAGCACGGGAGCAAAAGUUCUGCCCUGCAGUCCUUAGGGGUGCCCCUUCCUGUGCCCCCUUCUCAUCAAAUACUGGGAGAAUCUGCUGGUAAACUGAAGCUCUCAAAAGAAGACUUUCAGCUUAUAGAGAAGAACCCUGAACUCUCUGACUUUGUAGAAACUACUACUGUUACUGUGGCUCAGAACAACAAGAAGCCACCAGCAGAGGGACAUUCUUUCCUUUCAGUUUCCUUGGCACCUGGAAAACAAAAGGAACCAGCUGAAAUCCAAUCAGAUGUCACAGAACAUGCCCUUGUUGCUCCCAAUCCCUCAACAUUAUCAGGGCCCCAGAAAGUACAGAAAAAUGGCCAUCUUUCCAAGAAAACAUCAUCAUCCAUGUGGAAAAACCAGCCUUUCAUCAACUCUGCACAGCAUAAGCAUGAUAAAGAUCUUUUUCACUCAUUUAUCAAUGAGAUUGGAAUUGAGGCUUCUGACCUACCUAGCCUGCUAGAGCAAUUUGAAAAGAUUGAAGCCAAAACAGAAGCAUCUACUGUAUUAAAGAAAAAUAAAUCUACAGGGAAUAAUGGGUCUGAGUUACAAUGGGAAAAGAAAAUGGUGGACCGGCUUCAUGCACCAGAGCUCAUCAAUGUUGCAGGUUUGACUCCUCCAGCCACUCCACCCCAUCAGCUGUGGAAACCUUUGGUACCUGUCUCAUUACCGGGACAGGAUGGGUCCCAAAAAGAUACCAGGCUUUUGAAAUCCCUAAACAAAUUCCACUGGAAAGCUGUAACCCCUGUCCACGUAGGCUCUGGUGAGCAUGACUAUUGUCAACUAACUGUUGCUCAGCCAAAGGGAGGUGCCAGAUGGAAUAUUAAACAGAACUUGGAUAUUACUAUAAAACCUAUUAAGACCCUAACAAGACAAGUGCUAGAUCAAAAAACCUCUGCUGAUAUAAAAAGGCCCCCUGCUGCUGUUAGAUUGAAUCCUGUAGUUCCUACUUGUCAGAAUCCUAGAGAAUUUGCCAACCAUGUUAAUUCCAACAAGGGCCAGACCAAAGAUUCCAGGACUGUUAUUGCUGACUUGAAACCUACUAUCCCAAGUUCAACGUUGUUGGAGACCAGUCUUAUACAUCCAUGCAAAGAGGCAUUAGACCAUCGGACUACUAUUCCAAGGUCCAUGACUGGGGGCAAUGAUGAUCCAUGCUCUGUACUGCUGUCACCGGCUGCAUCCCCUUGCCGAGAUUCAGGAGAAUCAACAUUACAGCAACUUCAGGAGAUACAGGAGAAACCUCUUGCUUCGAAACGCUCCUUAAGAUGCUACCGGAGCAGACAGAGAUCAGCUAGUCCGGAAAGCCACAGGGGCAGAAGCCGACGAAACCAUGCUAGCCGGUCCUUCAGUUCAAGCUCUGAUGGUGACAGUGAUACUUCAUCAUCUUCAUCGUCGUCGUCGUCGUCAUCCUCUUCUUCGUCACAAUCACGUUCUCGGUCUCCACCAUCCAAACACUGGCGAAGAUGUCGUUCACGGAAUUCCAGCUCUUCUUCCACUAAAUGGAGCCAUUCAAGGGGCAGGUCCCACUCUCCCUCCAAUUCCUCUUACAGAUCACGAUCAUCCUCCCGGUCCCCUUCUCCUCACAGAAGGAAUAGCUACAGGAAAAGCUAUAAUUCUAGCAGUUCCUAUGAACGUUACCAAAGGCAGAAAAACAAAUAUAAAGAACGUGCAAUCGAGGAACGCCGCGUUGUCUUCAUUGGUAAGAUCCACAACAGGAUGACACGAUCAGAGUUGCGACAUCGUUUCUCUGUUUUUGGGGACAUUGAAGACUGCACACUGCACUUCCGGGAGCAUGGGGAUAACUUUGGCUUUGUGACUUAUCGAUACGCUGAAGAUGCCUUUGCUGCUAUAGAAGGUGGACAUGCACUGCUUCGUCCUGAUGAACAGCCCUUUGAUCUGGGUUUUGGAGGACGUCGACAGUUCUGUAAAAGAAGCUACGCUGACUUAGAUUCCAGCCAAGAUGACUUUCAACCUGCCUUUCUGAAAAAUAAAUACGAUGCUCUUGACUUUGACACCUUAUUGAAGCAGGCUCAGCAAAGUCUGCGGAGGUAGUGCUAGUUCUCCUGGGCUCAGUUGCCCAGUAGGCAUCUGCCUACACCAGCCUUACCUCAGAUUGGUUGCAGGGGCAAACAGCCCCCCUCCGGCCCAGCUCCGUAUCCAGCAUGAUUUUUUUAAUGAAAUACAAACAUAAAAAAAAAUAUUCUGGGUUUUUCCUAAAAGCUAUUUAAGGGAAGGACCUUUGUUUAACAAGUGGGAUAGGAAUGGAAAUACAUUGACAAUUUCUAGUCCACUUAAUUGCUAUGCAGACAAUAAAAUUCCAACUACAGAC